CGUUUUCCGCUUCCAGUGCUGUUACCGCUAAGUGUGUGAAAGCCGCGCCCGUGAAAUCUGUAUGCGACCGGAUUAACCGUGUUUUCAUGAAGAGCGGCUGGAUUUUUGUUGCUUACUUUCGAUUUCUACUCAACGGCAUACCUAACAGCGCAGUAUCGUAUUUUGCUUUUAAAACGGAUAUAAGUGACAACAAAAGCAGUACCGUACACGGUGAAAGGAAACAACGUUCCUCCAGGACCAUGUUGCUACGUAAAGCAACACUCUAAACCACAAUCGAAAGAAGAUGGCAGCGGCUGAAGGUACUCCGCCUCCUGGCCUAAAGAAGCGCAGGAGUAGCAUUACGGAACCGCCUUCUAUGAGUACUAAAGAUACAUCAUUGAGAGCGAUCAUAUUUGGAAGCUCUGAUCAUCAGCAGUUCUCUCUCACCGAGUCGAUCCUGCAGAGCGCGGUCUUUGAAGGCGCUGAUCCUCACACUAUGCUCACUACUAAAACUUCUGGAAGCCACUUUGGGAGAAAUGUGACUCUGGUCAACACUCCAAAUCUUACCAAUCAUGACUUAUUACACUACAUGUAUAAAAAAGAGGUAAAGAAGGCGGUUUGUUUCUCCUGUCCAGGGCCACACGCCAUCCUUUUUACGCUGAAUCCAUUAGACAUGCCACCAAACGCGUACGAGGUUUUCAAACCGGUAGUGCAGUACUUUGGAGAACAAAUCUUGAAUAACACAGUGAUCGUUCUGUACCAUGAAGAAGAGUGUUGGAGUCAGUCGUUAGAAGACAGUGUGAAGAAGAACAAGCCCUUCAGGGAGCUUCUUGAGAAAUGUGGUCAGAGAUAUCUCAUCUUUAGUGGUAAGGAGAACAGGAAUGAGGGUGAAGUGACGAGGAAAUUGUUUGAGGAAAUAGACAAGAUGGUGGCGGAGCAUGGGAUUUUUUCUAACGUGGAGUUUAAAGAUGCUGAUAAACGAAUCAAAGCGGAGGAAAAAAAUAUACAAAGUCAGAGAAAGAAGGAGGUCAGUGCAGUGUUGGAGGAACUGCAGAAAACGCAUUCUCAGGAAGAUCUGGAAAGAGAGGUGAAACGUUAUGAAGAGAAGAUCCGGUUGGAGAACAGGGAAAGGGCGGAGGUGCAGAUCGCAGACAGACUCGGUUUUACUCUCAGACUUGUUGAUUAUGCAGCAGCAAUAGGAAAAGGAGCGUUUGUAGGGGCAGUAUUAGCGGGGGCGAUGGGCUUUCCAGGUGUGGCCAUAGGAGCAGCGGUUGGUGCAGCUCUCGGUGGUUUAUUGGGUGGUGCAGCUGGAGCGGUUUGGAACAUUAUUUCCAGUGCUUUGGCAGAUUUUGGUGGACGUGCAACUUAAAGCGGAAAUUGCACUUAAUUGUAGACAUCCGCUCUUAAUGUCAGCAAGUUCACCGGUUCAUUUUUUAAUUUUUGUAACUCAACUUUUUAUUGUUCGACAAUUAGAACGUCACCACGUCUUUUAAGAAGCACCUUCACAUAUUCAGCCGUUCGCCACAAUAAAAAUAAUGCAAUCAAAGCAAAAAUACACGGAAAUGAAACAGUCCUGCUCGUUUUACCCAUUUUAAUGUGCUGCCAGAAUAGAAAUGAUCCCAUGUUUUCAUAAUUUCCCCUUCAUUAUGCAAUCUUCAGCAUCCAGGAUGAUCUCAUAUGAUGCGAUUUCAAUCAUCCCUAAUUUCUAGUUAUGCCUAAUCAUCCUAGCAGCUGUAAUACAGCCAGUCUUAAUAAGGACAAAUGCAUUUUUUUGCCACGUUGGAUCCCGAUUUAUCUCCAAGAAGGCAUAAUCGUCGCUCCAUAAUGGGGUGAACUAAAGAACUUUUCCACGUCAUAUAUAAGUAAAUGCCCGCUUCUUUGUUCCACUUCAAAUAUAAAUUGUUUCCAGCUAUACCCGUAGUGUAGAGCCUAGAUGGCGUACAGUUUUAUCUAUGUACUAUUUUGUACCCAUAUUAGACAAAAUGUCCAGCCACUCAUUGUUAUUAAUAUUAAUCCCCAAAUCUUUCUGCCAUAUCAUUUUGACAUUGUUGCAGUGUGUAACAAGCAUGUUUGGUCCGUGUUAGGGUGUUUGGUCCAUGUUAGGGUGUUUGGUCCGUGUUAGGGUGUUUGGACCAUAGGUGCACUUUAAGAUGUAAACACCCACUGCUAUGACUGGCUAACAUCUUUGCCUAUGAAUUAAUAAUCAACGCCCCCUGCCAUAACACGUGCGGAACUGUUUUGUGGGACUGAGUGCCAGUGGGCGGGGCCAACGGUGUGAUGAUGUCUUGUUGUAGGGUGAGUCAUACGCAAACGUAUUUGCCCGUGUGACGUCACAAAACCCGCCACAUCCAAAACAAGACGUUUUUGGGGCUUGGAUAAAGAAAUGCUCUUUUUGUAUUGAGGAGGAUGUAUUAAGCUUUGAAACUUGCAGGAUAUUUUAAAGGUACAACGACCUCUUAAAUGUCGAAAAUCAAGGAAAAGUUUAUUUGGUUUGUUUGGCUCAUCUUGUUGACGUGAAAUAUCCAGAAUCAAUCUUUACAGAGAUUAUGAACCACCGGCUGCAAAGAAACAGCCUCAGAUGCUCACUGACCCACCUCUGCUGAAUUCUCUACAGUGGCUAUGAGGUGGAUUUACUCGUAUACAGUCGCUUUUUGCCUCCAGACAUUUUGAUGGUGCUCAUGAAAGAAAACUUAAAAUAAGGGUCUGAACUUGACCACAACACACAAUGCCUAUUGGAGUGCUGAUGCUGCUUGGUUCUGGUACUCUCAGGAGUAGACUAGGAAUAGGCAAUAUUAAUUUUCUGAAUGUAGUCAAGUUUAUUUGGUGCAGUUCUAAAAAUGUGAUCUUUGGGCCUUUUUUACCCUCCUCACUAUGUGGAGGUUCAGUGUGCUCAUGAGUCCAAUACCUAUUAAAUUUCACCCAUUUCACCCAUAUGUGAAACUUUUUUACUGUAUGGCCUCAAAAGCAUUUUUAACUGGCUGUGUGUUUCUUUUUAUCCAUUACCGGAUUUGUGCAGCUCAACAAUCAUCUGUUUCUUUUUUUUUAUUGUUUGUUUGUUUAAUUUGUUCCCCCAUGGAAGUGGUUGACAGAGUGAUGUUACAUGUGUGCAACCUUAUAUUUAAUACCCCACUGAAACAGCACAUGGUUAAAAGCAACCAGUUCCUACAGGAUGAGAACAAAUGAUAAAAACACUACACAUUGAUCAAGAAUGACAAUUUAUUUGAAUUUAUUUACAAAUCCUUAGGUGUGUCCAUAACAUUGGUACACAGAGUUUUUAGAAAAAAAAAAACAUUAUCUUAAAAAGUUUAUUUUUUUUGUAUAUUACAGAGAUAUUUUACUGUUGAAGUGGAAAAUUUCAUUGUUGUGUUUAAUGUUUAUUUUAUAUAAUAUUUUUUUUUUAUAAAGGGUGCCAAUAAUUCUGGAGGGCAAAUGGAGCACUUUAUCCCAAAAGAAACAUAAUGAAUGUUAAGAAUUUGAUCACACAAGGAAGGUAUUUGUCUGAUAUUGUUUACUAUUGUUGCUUUAAAAUAUUCUAUAUUCUCUUUACAUGUGGUUUAUAAUGUCACAAUAAUGCAGCAUCCAUAUAUUUUAUGUGUUAGGCUUUUAUUUUUGUAUUUUGUUCACACAUUUGUGUAUAUCAUGUUGAUUUGACGCACUAAAGGCCGUGUCCAUUGUUCAUUUGGGCAAUAAACAGUUUCUGAUUGUGGCUGUCAGAUUGGACUUGUAAUUUGUGAUGAACAUUGUCUGUCCAAUUGAAGGAAAUAAAUCAUAAAGCACAAUA